GUGCGCGUGCUUUUCCCCCCACAAGCCGCCGCACGGUGCUCCGCGGUCCACGCGCCCGACAGGAGCCACAAACGCAGCCCGGUGCCGCCGCGCGCUCACAACCGCGCGCCCCGCGCCGCACACGCCAGCAUCCCGGACUGCGAGGACGCGCGGCUCCGCGCAUGCAGAGCUGGAUUUUAGCCCGUGGACUCUGCGGCGGUCAGCUGAACUCAGUGAUGGAGCCAAGAGAAGAUGCCGGAUCAGCCGUCAGAUCCACUUCCCGUCCCACAAAAUGAAGGAGGAAACUCCACUGACUCCUAUAAGCUGAGAAGUCCAUCAGACGUUGCACUAGAAGCCCCGACUUCAGCCGUUCUUCAGAACAGAAACAUCGACAACCCUCCUCUUCCUCCUGUCUUUGACCGUCACAGGAAAAGGAUUCCUCCAACGAUCACUGCCUUGCAGCAACUGAACAAAUUCUUGUAACUGAAGACUGUUAAGCUCAAUGACUGUUAUCCUUCUACUGCCCUUCUCCCUUUAAAGCAUAUUUUUAUAAAUAAUAUUUAUCUGAAUAUAUCUUGUGGAUAAAACUGUGGAUUCCUGUCAAAGAUUUUUGGAUUGACACCCCCCCUUCAGAGGCUUUCUGGGAUUAAUCAGUUCUCUGCAGCUAUGGAUCUUGUAGGAUUUUCUCUCAGGCUGCAAAUGUUCCUCAGCACUUGUUUGGGAUUGGAGUUUUUAGGCACACCUGGUCAGUGGGCCCGCUACCUCCGCUGGGACGCCAGCACCCGCGGUGACCUCAGCUUCCAGUUUAAGACAGAGGCGUCGGAGGCGCUGCUGCUCUACUUUGACGAUGGGGGCUACUGUGACUUUCUGCAGCUUGCGGUGGUGGAGGGCCGGCUGCAGCUGCGCUUCAGCAUCGACUGCGCAGAAACCAGCGUCGUGUCUAAUAAACGGGUGGACGAUCGCAGUUGGCACGCCGCCACGCUCAGCAGGUAUAACCUGCGCACGGUACUGGUGCUGGACGGCCAGGCCAAGGCGGAUGAGGUGCAGCCUCAGCGGCAGUUCAUGAAAAUAGUCAGCGACUUGUUCCUGGGUGGAGUACCUCAGGAUAUCCGCAGCGGCGCACUCACACUGCCCACGGCGCGAAACAUGCAGCCCUUCAGGGGAACGAUUACAGACCUCAAGUACGGAACCUCACAGCCCCUGUUCCUGGGGAGUCUGAGGGUGCCCCUGGAGUCAGAGGGGUGGUGCACGGUGAAUCCGUGCGAGAACGGUGGCACGUGCUUGGUGGUGGACGGAGAGCCGGUGUGUGACUGCUCCAAAACGGAAUACAAGGGCCGCUUCUGCAGAGAAGAGGUCAGCAACAAUAUGCCAGGCCUUGCACAUAUGAUGGCAGAACCAGCUAAAAGCAAAGCGCGAGAGGAGAACGUGGCCACCUUUCGUGGCUCCGAGUACUUCUGCUACGAUCUCUCCCAGAACCCCAUCCAGAGCAGCAGCGACGAGAUCACGCUCUCCUUCAAGACGUGGCAGCGUAACGGCCUUAUCCUUCACACGGGGAAGUCUGCAGACUACGUCAACCUGGCGCUGAAGGAUGGAGCCGUCUCCCUGGUCAUUAAUCUGGGCUCGGGGGCGUUUGAAGCCAUUGUGGAACCAGUCAACGGAAAGUUUAAUGACAACUCGUGGCAUGACGUUAAAGUGACUCGCAACCUCCGGCAGGUGACGAUAUCAGUGGACGGGAUCCUCACCACCACCGGCUACACCCAGGAAGACUACACCAUGCUGGGCUCAGACGACUUCUUCUAUGUGGGUGGAAGUCCCAGCACAGCCGACCUGCCCGGAUCUCCCGUCAGCAACAACUUCAUGGGCUGUCUGAAGGAGGUGGUGUAUAAGAACAAUGACAUCCGACUCGAGUUGUCCCGAAUGGCUCGACUUCUGGACCAGAAAAUGAAAAUCCAGGGUGAGGUGUCCUACAAGUGUGAGAACGUGGCCACGCUAGAUCCUAUCUCAUUUGAGACACCAGAGGCCUACAUCAGUCUCCCCAAGUGGAACACCAAGCGGAUGGGAUCCAUUUCUUUUGAUUUCCGCACAACUGAGCCAAACGGACUCAUCCUCUUCACCCACGGGAAACCACAGGAGCGCAAAGAUGCGGCCCGCAGCCAGAAGAACACCAAGGUGGACUUCUUUGCUGUGGAGCUUUUGGAUGGCAGCCUGUACCUGCUUUUAGACAUGGGCUCAGGGACCAUCAAGGUGAAGGCCACGCAGACAAAAGUGAACGACGGUAUCUGGUAUCAUGUGGACAUUCAAAGGGAUGGACGCUCAGGCACCAUCUCUGUGAACAGCAGAAGAACCCCGUUCACAGCCAGUGGUGAGAGUGAGAUCCUAGACCUGGAGGGGGACAUGUACUUAGGAGGGCUUCCAACCGACCGCACCAAACUCAUCCUCCCCACCGAGCUGUGGACUGCAAUGCUCAACUACGGCUACGUGGGCUGCGUCCGCGACCUCUUCAUCGACGGGCGAAGCAAAGACAUCCGUCAGAUUGCAGAGGCCCAAAAUGGCGCCGGCAUCAAGCCCUCGUGUAACAAACAAACAGGCAAGCAGUGCGAGAGUUACCCGUGCAAGAACCGUGGUCUCUGCAAAGAAGGCUGGAAUCGAUUCAUCUGCGACUGUACAGGCACUGGCUACUGGUCACGCACCUGUGAAAGAGAAGCGUCUAUCCUCUCCUAUGACGGGAGCAUGUACAUGAAGGUGGUGAUGCCGAACGUCAUGCACACCGAGGCGGAGGACGUGUCUCUGCGCUUCCGCUCCCAGCGGGCUUACGGCCUCCUCAUGGCCACCACCUCGCAGGACUCUGCCGACACCCUCCGGCUGGAGUUGGAUGGAAGUCGGGUCAAACUCACAGUCAACUUAGACUGUAUCAGGAUAAACUGUAACUCCAGCAAGGGACCGGAGACCCUGUAUGCCGGGCAAAAGCUCAAUGAUAAUGAAUGGCAUACAGUGCGUGUGGUGCGCCGCGGCAAAACCUACAAGCUAACGGUUGACGAUGAUGUAGCUGAAGGCCAAAUGGUGGGCGAUCACACUCGCCUGGAGUUCCACAACAUUGAAACGGGCAUCAUGACGGAGCGCCGCUUCGUCUCUGCUAUUCCGUCCAGCUUCAUAGGUCAUCUCCAGAGUCUCAGGUUUAACGGCAUGCUCUACAUUGACUUGUGCAAAAACGGUGACAUUGAUUUCUGUGAGCUCAAUGCUCGCUUCGGGGUUCGCUCCAUUAUUGCCGAUCCAGUCACCUUCAAGUCCAAGAGCAGCUAUCUGAGCCUGGCCACCCUGCAGGCCUACACAUCCAUGCACCUCUUCUUCCAGUUCAAGACCACCUCCCCAGACGGAUUCAUCCUCUUUAACUCUGGAGACGGCAAUGAUUUCAUCGCUGUGGAGCUGGUGAAGGGAUACAUCCACUAUGUGUUUGACCUUGGAAACGGGCCCAACCUUAUCAAGGGCAAAAGCGAGAGGGCUCUUAAUGACAACCAGUGGCAUAAUGUGGCCAUCACGCGGGACAACAGCAACACUCACACUCUGAAAGUUGAUGCGGUGGCCACAAGUCAGAGCAUCAAUGGAGCCAAGAACCUGGACCUGAAAGGCGAUCUGUUCAUCGCAGGACUGGGUCCCGGCAUGUAUGGCAACCUGCCAAAGCUGGUGGCUUCCAGAGAGGGCUUCCAGGGCUGCCUGGCCUCCGUGGACCUCAACGGCCGCCUGCCGGAUCUCCUCAACGACGCUCUGUUCCGCAGCGGGCAGAUCGAGCGAGGAUGUGAAGGACCCAGCACCACCUGUCAGGAGGACUCCUGCGCCAACAUGGGCGUCUGCAUCCAGCAGUGGGAGAACUACACCUGCGACUGCUCCAUGACCUCCUACACGGGGACGCAGUGCAACGACCCUGGAACCACAUACAUCUUUGGUAAAGGUGGAGGUCUCAUUACAUUCAACUGGCCCGCCAACGAGAGGCCGAGCACGAGGACUGACAGACUGACGGUGGGCUUCAGCACCUCCCUCAAAGACGGCAUCCUGGUCAGAAUCGACAGCGCUGCAGGACUGGGAGACUAUCUGAUGCUGCACAUACAACAAGGCAAAAUUGGAGUGACCUUCAACAUCGGCACUGUGGACAUCAUUGUGCAGGAGAGCAGCAUCCCAGUGAAUGAUGGGAAGUACCACGUUGUCCGCUUCACCAGGAACGGAGGCAACGCCACGCUGCAGGUGGACAACUGGGCCAUCAACGAGCAUUUCCCGACAGGAAACAGCGACGUUGAACGCUAUCAAAUGGCCAAUAAGAAAAUCCCUUUCAAAUAUACCAGACCGGUAGAAGAAUGGCUGCAGGAGAAAGGACGGCAGCUAACCAUUUUCAACACCCAAGCAACAGUUUCCGUGGGUGGCAGUGACCGGGGUCGGCCCUUCCAGGGUCAGCUGUCGGGUCUUUACUACAACGGCCUGAAGGUGUUGACCAUGGCGGCCGAGGGUAACCCCAACAUCAAGAUCAACGGCAGCGUGAGGCUGGUGGGCGACGUCCCCAGCGUGGCGGGCUCGUCCAGAACCACCGCCAUGCCCAACGAGAUGGCGACCAACUUUGCAGAGACGACCACCAUGAUGUCCACAACCACAACGAGGAAGCACAGAUCUUCAACUGUGCAGAAGCAUUCAGCAGAUGAAAUGGUGUCGUCUGCAGAGUGUUCAAGCGACGACGAGGACCUGGAGGAGUGUGAAACAAGGCAACCAGGUGGGCUAGCACUACCCACAGAGCCAGGCGUCAGGCGAGUCCCAGGGACCUCGGAAGUGGUCCGUGAAUCUAGCAGCACCACCGGGAUGGUCAUCGGAAUAGUGGCGGCCGCAGCCCUGUGCAUCCUCAUCCUCCUGUAUGCCAUGUAUAAAUACAGAAACAGGGAUGAAGGCUCCUACCAGGUGGACGAGAGCCGGAACUACAUAACCAACUCAGCUGUGCAGAGCAAUGGCGCUGUCAUGAAGGACAAACAGCAAAGCCUGAAAAGCAGCAACAAGAGACAGAAAAACAAGGAUAAGGAGUAUUACGUGUGACUGUGAGACUUUGGUGAACAGAGGAGAGCAAAGAGAGAAGUCACAAAGAGAACUUUUAUUCUCAAUUUCCAUGAGAGGAUCUAUGACAAAUGAUGGUAUAACGUGGAACUUGAAUAAUCCUAUACUGUGCUGAGUAGUUGAACUGAUGAUAUGUACUGUAACAUAAAGCACACUUACUAUUAAGCAAAAGCUUAAUGACAAGGUUACAUAGCAACUUUAGAAACCUUACACUUCUAUCUGGUCAAAGACAUUAUCAGUAUAGAGAAAUGUCACAGCACCAUUCUCCUAAGUGACUUUUAGAGCUAACGUGAUCCUCAGCAUCAAACAAAAUUUUUGUGAAAUUGUCAAUUCAAAAAGGCUCAUAAUCUUCUACAUUUCCAGCAUGUAAGCAACAUGUAGUGCUUAACAGGAGGGGGGUCAGGAACACAGCAAGUGUAAAAGGACUCUACAAAUUUCUAUGGUUUAUAAAUAAUAUUAGUGUGGUGUCUUAAUAUAUUUUGCUUAACGCAAAAGAAAAAAAAUGAUUAAAAAAAAACCAGCAAGGGGAAAAAAGAGCAACUCUUUCUGUGUAUAAAAUAAACCCAAGAGAGCAAAAGGCCAAGGGCAGACCUCAUACCGUCUGUUUGCUCUGGCAUCUAAUUCACCACAAUUAAUCUCAUUGUCUGAUGGACACAGUGACUCUCUUUGUGGAAAGAAUCUGCUGGUUCUCUUGGUAGGAAGCGCCUGAUUGUAAAAUGCAUGCCAUCCUGACUCCACGGUAAGGUGCAGUACAGUAACAGUCCAGUUUGGAGUAUUCCGUUUGGACCGCGUCCUCUUCUGUGCAAGAACAGUUCUUCAUCAUCAGAGCAGGACCCCACCCCCCUCCCUCGAACCCCCCCCUCAGAAAUGUUACAGAAAAACAAGGUCUUGGUGCAAAGCCAGUGGUGGUUUUAUCUUUUUUGCAGAACUGUGUGUUGGUUCAUUGCCUAUCGUACUCUUUUUCUAUGGAGGUGUCGGGAGGAAGACAAAUGCAGUACUACAACACUGUUAACAAAUGUGUAUACAAAAAUAAAUCAAAUGUUGAAAGUGUGAAUUCUAUCUGCUGUCACAGUCAACUGUGUCAAAAAAUGAGAAAUUUGUUUACAUAUUUUAUUACAUGCUAUCUGUUGUACUUUGUAGGUAGUAAAUUGUACAUAUACCAUGACAGUUGUAAUUUUUAGUACCUCUAUUGUACAGACUGGAGAUAUGAUUUAUCAACAGAUUUCAUGACAAAAAUCUAUUAACUGUUAAUUUACACAAAGAAAGACUUUAAGAAGAAUGUGGAGAAUCAUAUUGAUAUUCAUAAAGAAUAAAAAUGUAUUGUUAGCCUAGAAAUCUACACAGAUGUUUCUAAAGUUGCAUGAAUAUUUAACUACUUGCAGUUGUCCAACAAAUACAAGGUGCCCUUCCUUCUCUA